AUGGAGGGCGGCGGUGACGGAGGCGAGGGGCGAGGCGGCGGCGGCGGCGGCGGCGGCGAGAACGGCGGCACCGAGUUUGUCUCGGCGAAGCUCUCGACUGCGGCAAGCGACUCGCCCGUGGCCGAGUACGUGACGGUGACUCAGCACGACGACCGCACAGCCACGCUCACGAUGAACCAUCCGCCGGUCAACAGCCUCAGCCUCGAGAUGCUCCAGGCGCUGCGAGACGCCUUUGUCGACCUGGACGCGUCCGGCUGCCGCGGCUUCGUGCUCGCCUCCUCUCGGCCCACCAUCUUCUCGGCGGGUCUCGACAUCACAGAGCUGCACAACCCGAGUGAGGCGAGGCUGCGCGAGUUCUGGUCCACGCUACAGGACGCCUUCCUCGCGCUCUACGGCUCGCGCUGCGCCACCGUCGCCGCCAUCGACGGCCACUCUCCCGCCGGAGGUUGCCUGCUCGCGGCGUGCUGCGACGAGCGCAUCAUGGCGCGCGGCAAGUGGGGGAUCGGGCUCAACGAGACGCAGCUGGGGAUCGUCGCGCCCUUCUGGUUCGCCGACGCGAUGCGGCCCCUCAUGGGCCAGAGGCGCCUCGACCGGAUGCUGCAGCUCGGCCAGCUCCUCUCGCCCGACGAGGCGCUCGCGGCCGGGCUGGUGGACGAGCUCGAGGAGCACGGCAGCGGCGCAGUGCUUGCACGCGCGAGGGAGGUCCUCGGCGCGUAUGUCGCCAUCGACGCACCCGCGCGGGCGGACUCCAAGCUGCUGCUCCGCGCCGAAGCCCUCGACCGGCUGCGCGCCCGCAAGCAGGACAACAUCGACUUCUUCGUGGCCUGCUGCAUGAGCGAGCGGUACCAGUCCCGGAUCGGCGCAUACCUCGACGCCCUCAAGGAGCGAAAGAAAAGGUAG